AUGUCGGAUCAACAUGGCCGAGAUUGGACGGAGGAGGAGAAGUAUGCUUUGCUUACUGUGAUAUUAAGAAACUCUGGCGUGCCUUCAACGUCUCUCUUUGGUAUCUUUCGACAGUUCAAUGUUGCACCAUCGUGGCAUGAUGUGCCAUUGCCGCCAGGCCGCUCCCUGAAUGAAUGUCGACAACAAUUCGACUCGAUGUGGCAGACCCAUCAGUCCCAGCCGUCGUAUCGUCAACCAGAGCCAUGGCAAGGUCCACCUCCGCCAGCUGCGUUUCCAGCGAUGAACCCAGGCCCGUCUCACGCGCCACCUCAUCAGGUCGCUCUUGAACCUUUCGGAUCACGGAAAAGGCCAUUCUAUCCACCAGAGAGGCCCUCGACAUACCCACGUAUCCAGCCUCGGCCUCCGCUUGGUGGCGGUCCAUUCAGUAGCGAAAGUGGCUCACCAGCCCCAACAUCUCCAGGCUGGACGGAGGGCGUUGCAGGAAAAAGUGCAGAACCUCCUAGAAAACGAGGUCGACCGAGUAAAGCGGAAUCGGAGCGACGCAAAGCAGAGGCAGAAGCUCGAGGCGAGACCUACCCACCAUCGCGACGCAGGACAUCGAUGAGCAAGCUGCCAGCUACGCCUUCAGGCGCAGCUAGCGCCACAAGUGAUGGUUCAAUGGUAUCACCAAUGCAGACAGCACAUACGCCGGAAAUGCCCAAACACGAACCAUCACUGGAGGCUCUGGCCAAAGAUAUCUCGACAGGUCAAGCUAAUCGUGCGAGCCCGCUUGCCUCAGAAGCACCAGAUACGGAUCCGCCUUUCUACAUCGCGACCGGAGGAGGACACCACGCAACCAACGGCGGCACGUCAAAUCAUUCAACAUUCGGAAGCAGCCCCUAG